CAGACACAGUUCACGUCGACGCCAGCUUGCCCACACGACUCCCACGUCAACUGGCAGCCGGCCUUCCGCUACGCACGUUAUGGCGUGGGCUCACUUGAAUCGCAUUCGCGAGUAAUCAGAUCAGUUCCACAGCAGAGGGGGGAGAGAGAGAGAAGAAGCGGAAAAGAGUGGAAAACGAAAAGUUCCUCCUUAAUGCAUCUUUGAAUCGACUCCGCGUGGAAGCGUAAAAUUCUUCCACGGAUCUCCGUUACACAUAAAAUGUCUUUGAUUUCGGGUUUCACAAGGAGGCGAUCGAGUUCAUUGCGUUUCCUCGAUUGAUCGAUCCCGCCGGCUGAAAGGAGGAAAGAGUUAGGUUAUUCCGAUGUCGUCUAGUGGGGGAGGCGGUGGCAGCAGCGGCAGCCCCUGUGUCGAUCGGAUGAUGCCACUUUCGGUUCUAUUGAAGCGGGAGCUGACUAGCGAGAAGAUCGAGAAGCCUGAUAUUCUCCAUGGUCUUGCCAACAAAAGUAAGAAGGGCGAGGAUUUCAGUUUUCUCAAGACCGAGUGCCAGCGGGUGCCGGGGAAUGGCGUCACCACCUUCUCCGUUUUUGCGCUAUUUGAUGGUCACAAUGGAUCCACAGCUGCUAUAUAUGCCAAGGAGAACCUCUUAAAUAAUAUUUUAUGUGCCAUACCUGCAGAUGUUAAUAGAGAUGAGUGGUUAGCAGGGCUACCACGAGCUUUGGUUGCAGGAUUUGUUAAAACAGAUAAAGAUUUUCAAAAUAAAGCGAAAACUUCAGGAACAACAGUUACAUUUGUGAUUAUAGAUGGCUGGACAGUAACAGUAGCAUCAGUUGGUGAUUCACGCUGUAUUCUUGAAUCUGCUGAAGGUUCACUUUAUCUUUUAUCAGCAGAUCACAGGCUAGAUGAAAACAAAGAAGAGGUGGAACGCAUUACUGCAAGUGGGGGUGAGGUUGGGAGACUAAAUCUCGCUGGUGGAGCAGAGAUAGGGCCUCUCAGGUGUUGGCCUGGUGGCUUAUGUCUCUCAAGAUCAAUUGGAGAUAUGGAUGUUGGCGAAUUCAUUGUUCCUAUUCCUCACGUGAAGCAGGUGAAGCUAUCAAACGCAGGUGGCCGCCUUAUCAUCUGUAGUGAUGGUGUAUGGGAUGCUUUGAGUUUCCAAUCAGCUCUUGAUUGUUCUCGUGGACUUCCAGCGGAUGUUGCUGCUAACAAAAUUGUUAAAGAAGCUGUUCUUGUAAAGGGUCUCAGAGAUGAUACUACAUGUAUUGUCGUUGAUUUAUUGCCACCAGAGAAGAUAUCCCCUUCUGCUGCUCUAACGAAGAAGCAAGGAAUGAAGGGAUUAAAGCAUAUGUUCCGCAAGAAGUCCUAUGAGUCACCGUCUCAUCAUUUAGUUAGAAAUUAUUUUGAACCGUAUGCAGUGGAGGAAUUGUUUGAGGAUGGUUCUGCAGUACUUGCUCAGAGGCUACACAUGGUAUAUCCAGUGUGCAACAUAUUCAAGCUACUUUUAUGCGCAGUAUGUCAGGUUGAGAUGAAACCUGGUGAGGGUAUUUCGGUACAUGCUUGUUCAUCAAAAUCAGCAAAAGUUCGUCCCUGGGAUGGCCCAUUGCUUUGCCGUGACUGCCAGGUUAAGAAAGAAGCUAUGGAAGGAAAAAAACCUUCAAGAGAUCUUUCCAGGAUGAGAGUUUGACAUAAAAAACCCAUCUCCAUCAGCAGUUUCGGUGUUGUUCCAUUUGUAGAUUAAUUCAAGUAAUUCUGAGUUUGCAAUUUCGUGAUCAAAGAUGUCCCUCCCCUACUACUAUGUAUUCUUCCAUGUAUAAGUAGCACGGGGAUUUCAUCAGAAUAGGCAUUUCGUUGAAAUUGUAAUUCAGAGGAGUCACGAAGGCAGGAUGCCAGCUUUACAUUUCUUCAAUCCCAUGGCUUCUUCGGUCUAUCGGACCAGAAAUAUUUUUCUGCAAAGCAGAGCUAUUCUGGUGCCGAGAUAUAGAGGGGGCCGUAGAUAAUUCAAUUCAUUGUAGGUUUGCCAUGUACAUAUUCUUUUAGAUGGAAAUUGAUAUUGGAAUUUUUGGCGUGUAACAAACCAGAAAUGGAAGUGAAAAACUGCUUGGAUUAUUAUCGUUUUUUCCCUCACAUGAGAAUUCUUAUAUUUUCUGGUGUUAUCGGAAGGGAAGCAUCAAUAGAAUUUACUGAGGUUAUGCCCCUUUCGUAAUGAACCUUUUCUGUACUAACUAAUAGAAGUGUCAAGCAGCAUUGCUACUAAAGUAAUGAUGUAUAGUUUGUUCUUCUUUUCGUUGAGUCCAAGCAGUAUUGUAGUUCGUGUAUAUCAAUUUCAUGUAUUUCAUUAGACAA